AUGGUGCAAGUGACAACUGAUGCUAUUGAAGCGUCCAUUACUUUAUCACCAUUUGGUAUCACCUGGCGACCCCUUGACGAAAAAGACUGGUUUGCUCAAGAUUUGGCUUAUCGAAGCUAUUGUUAUGACCCCAAACAUGGAACAAGAUGGCACUAUCAACGUCGGCGAACUACAAGUCAAAAUACAUUUUAUUACGGAUUGGGUGAACAUACUGGGAGAUUAAAUCUGGAUGGACGAAGAUUUCGGUUGGAAAGAAUGGAUACUAUGGGUUAUGAUGCGGAAACUCAAGAUCCUUUGUACAAGUUUUGUCCAUUUUAUAUUGGAUUAUCCAACAUAUCCUCCUUAUCAGUCUAUGGUGUUUAUUACAACAACUUUGGUCGAACAUUAUUGGAUAUGGGACAAGAACGUGAUGCAAUGUGGGGUGAUUAUACUUAUUAUCAAGUAGAAAAAGGACCUUUAGAUUAUUACAUGAUUUAUGGUGGAAAAUCAAUAGCCAAAGUAGUUCAAACAUUCAAUAAAAUGAUGGGUGGUUAUUCUCUUAUGCCUCGGUCUAUGUUUGGUUAUUUGGCUUCAGCGAUGGGAUAUGCUGAACAAGAUAACGCUCAAGAACUUUUGGAACAAUUUGUAGACAAAUGUAGACAGCAAUACAAGCUUCCUUGUGAUGGUAUGCAUCUUUCUUCUGGUUAUACAGUAGAUUCGACAGCGAAAACAGAGGGUGAUCGUUGGGUAUUUACCUGGAACAAGCGUCGUUUUCCCGAUCCUGCAAGACUAGCAAAAGUAUAUCGUGAUGCCGGAAUGAAGAUUUUUGCUAAUGUCAAACCAUGGUUACUAACGAAUCAUCCUGAUUACAAUAAGGUGGCAUCUGAACAUGGAUUUGUCUGGGAUGAGGCAAGAAAUGGUCCUAGUUUGAUAUGGCAAUGGCGUGGUGGAAGAAAUACAAAAGGUCAAGCAAGUUAUAUUGAUUUUUCAAGUGAUGCUGGCUAUCGAUAUUGGCAAGAUAAUUUGACAAGUGCACUUCUACGGUUUGGAUUCGAUAUAUGGCUUGACAACAAUGAAUUCACCAUGAUGGAUGAUGAAUCACAACAAUUCCAAUGUCAACGUACAUGUGAUGGCUUUCCAUCGGCAUCCAUCGAUAUCCCUUGUAGACCAUCUCGUAUCAACAAUGGAUGGAAUAUCGACUCUCCUGUACAAACGUUAUUGAUGAUUCAAGCAUCGUACGAAGCUGUACGUCGACAUUUACCUGAAGAACGACCUUGUUUGAUUACUCGUUCAACCGUUCCUUUUUCUCAAUUAUUGGUGGCACAAACAUGGAGUGGCGACAAUUAUACCUCUUGGAAAACAUUGGCUUACAAUAUUUCGAUGGGAAUCGGUGCUGGAUUAUGCUCUAUGCCUGCAGGAUAUGGUCACGAUGUUGCGGGUUUUAGUGGACCUCCUCCUACUCCUGAACAAUUGGUGCGAUGGGUACAACAAGGUGUUUUUUGGACUCGAUUUUGUAUUCAUUCUUGGAAUUCAGACAAAUCAAUCACUGAACCUUGGAUGUAUCCUCAAAUCUUUCCUACCAUUCGAUCAUCGUUUGAAUGGCGUUACCGGUGGUUACCUCAUCUGUAUUCCUUAUAUGUGACUUUGGCAUAUAGAAACAAUGAGCCAGUAGUACGUCCAACAUUUUACGAUCAUCCUCAUGACAGAAAUACGUAUGAACAGGAUUUUGAAUUUAUGGUUGGAUCACAAUUAUUGGUGGCACCUGUUUAUGAACAAGACAAAUUAGAUCGACAUGUUUAUCUUCCUUCUUUUUAUUAUCCGUCUGACAACAACGGUGUGAAUACAACAGGUGGAUGGUAUCAUUAUCAAACAGGUCAAUAUUAUUCCGGUGGACAAUGGAUUACGGUACCAUCCGUCUUGGAAGAUGCACUGGCACCAUUAUUUAUCAAAGAAGGAUCUUUUAUGUGUUAUGGGAAAUCUAUGGCUCAUGUUCAUGCUUUACCUGAUAAUGAACGUCGUAUUCAUAUUUAUCCUGAUGUAAUAAAUCAAGAUGAUCGGACUGAACUUCAAACGCCUUAUCGAUGGACAUUUAAACUGGUGGAAGAUGAUGGACACUCAAUAGCACAUCAACAACAAGAUAUAUAUACAGAUAUUGAACUCUGGAUGGAAUGUUAUAUGGAUCGAUUACUGGUGGGUAUCAAUAUUCUUUAUGAUGGUUAUUUUCCUGAAUACGAUACUUUAUGGGUAACCUGUCCUUUGGCUUGUGAAACUCGACCGCUUGUCUUUGCUGAUGAUCCGGAUGGUAGCUUCUAUACUAGUGGGGAUGGAGGUGAGCAGUAUCUUAGGAUCAAAAUGGUCUGGGCCAAGUAA